CACCUGGGCGGGCUCUUCACGCGAGGGCGGUGCCGCGGGGCCUUCCCGGAGGAUAAGAAGACGAGGGGAGGAGGCUAUGAGUCGGUGGUCGGAGCAGCAACGGGAAGGAGACAGCCAUGGAGGGAGCCCGGGAAUACGCCCUGGUUUUGGUCAGAUCACUAGUGUCUGCAGGAACAUCUGUGGGAUCAGCCACAAGACAGGCCCUAUUUGCUCCCCUUCCUGCUGCUACUCGGCCCUUCCGUGUUUGUAACUGUGAGAGAAACAAUCGGAGAGGAGUAGUAGCAAGCAGCCUACAAGAACUUAUUAGCAAGACGUUGGAUGCCUUAAUGAUUACUGCUGGACUGAUAACACUGGUCUUGGAAGAAGAUGGCACAGUCGUGGAUACAGAAGACUUCUUCCAAUCCCUGCCAGACAAUACAUAUUUCAUGGUAUUAGAGAAGGGGCAGAAAUGGAAGCCAGGGCCAAACUUUCAUAUUGCGACAGUACAGCAACCAAAGAAAAUGGGGGUUGCAAAUAUUACCUUAGACUUGUACAAACUGAAUCCAAAGGACUUCAUUGGAUGUCUAAAUAUCAGAGCUACUUUCUAUGAAAUCUACUCUGUGUCCUAUGAUAUCAAAUGUAUGGGAGCAAAGACUGUACUAAGGAGGAUGCUUCGAUUUUUAUCACAUGUUGCACAAAUAACAGGACAACUGCUUCUCUACACGGGAACAUACAUACUACGAGCAAUGGGUGACUGUGAUGAUGGUCUGCUUACAAAAGCAAAGCACUAAUGAGAACAAGUAUAAGAGCCUUUUAAUAUUGGUUCUGCAACUGAUACUUUAAGUGUUUUUUGUGGAGAGGGAGGAAUUGUAGCUUAAUGUGUUAAAUGUUUUGAAUUUAACUUAGCACUCAAGGGAUCAGAGCAUAACUAAACUAUCCUUUCUCUCUAGUGGUCAGGGUUUUUUUUUUUAAUAGAGAUAAUGAUGUCAUAACAGUAAAUAUGAUCGGAGUCUUCUUUUUUUAAUGCAGCAAAAGGAAUUAUAUUUAAGGAGAGGGAUUUUUGUGCCAUAACAUUUCAAAGCGAAGUCACGCCCAUGGCAAGGAGGGUGCUUAAUAAGUUGUGUCAACUGAGAUGUCUCUUUGUUGAUAGCCAUGUAGUGUAUUUGUAUUUGGGUGUGUGACUUCUCAACACUAAACUUUGGCUACCACUUAAAACUGUCUCACUUUUGCUAGCUUGCAAAUAAAUAUCAGUAUUCAGUUCCAGUAUUAAAAGCUGUAGUGUUAAUGCCUUAUUUUUGAGAACUUGCCACUAGGUAAGCCAUUUAACUCACCUUAAGAGUUCAACCACUCAUGUAGGUAGAGUUCUUGGCAAAUCUAAAGGUCAACCUGAUUUCAAUAGGGAAAGCAUUGUCUAGCUUGGUUUUGGUUUAAUGACUAAGCACAAGUUGUUGUGUCUUGACAUGUCCUAAGAUUACAUAAGAAGGUUCCUUUCUCUCACCUUGCUUUCUCCUAAACUACUUUGCCAAUAUAAACACAGGAGGCAAAGAACAGGGGGACGGGAAAAUACAGUGUGCUGGGGAACUUGCAACUUUUCAUGUGGAAGAAGACAAAAAAUGUUCUCUUUUCUUUUGCACACCUUAAUUAUUUAGAGAAAGAGUGGGAAAGAAGUGGUCAUCCAGAAGUUGUUGGAUUUGAAAUUCCAGCAGGCCCAGCAUGGACAUGGCUAAGAAUCAUAGUUCAACUACAGCUUCCCACUCUGGUGCAGGGGAACAUCAUGAGAAAGUGUUUGAGAGUGAGUUUACUCCAGUUCACAGUAUCUUUGAUUGAAUGUGCCUUGCAUUAAGACAAAAGUAGGCAACUGCCUGGACUUAAGGGGGCACGCUUGACCUCCACAAUACCUUGGAGAGCUCAGGUCCCUGAUUUUUCUCUAAAUAGUCUGAGGAGGACAUGUGGGCUGAACUCUUUGCAUUAAGAAAAAAAUACAAUGACAACUAUGUUUAGCAGGCUGGAAAUAAAGGAUCUAGAGUGACUUCAUGCCAGCACAUAUGAACAGAUGUCUGAAAGUAAAUUGAUUGAAUGUACAAUAUCUAGAAUUGUUUUUGAAUGGAUCAUAGGUGGAGUCUUAAAAAGGGGAAAGAAGGUGAGCAAGGGAAACUGAGGCUAGGACCUACCACAAACUAUGUGUAUAGCUAUCUGUCUGUAUUUCACAACUUGAUGAGCAUCUUUGCAGAGAUGCUCAAAUGGGAUUCUUUUGUGGAAGUCUUGGAUAAGAAGAAAUAGUGUCAGUAAGCUACCUGGUGUUGGUAUUGAUUCUCUCUUCUGUACUAUAUAUUUAAAAAAAAAAAACCUUUCAAAUCAGGACUACAAAUCUUUCAAGAAAAAGUAUCAUGGUAAAAGGAAAGAGCAUUGACUGAAGGAAGCAGUGGGUGGUUGUUAUCAUCUGACCAUAUAACCCAUGGAAAUUGGCCUGUUAUUUAGGUGCGGAAUGCAAAAGCCUUAGAACUGUUGUAAUAGAAAAUGUUCUAAAUGCUGAAAUUUAAGACCUAAACUAUCACAGUGUGCAAUGUCUUGGUUGUCUUAAUGUUACCCCUUUCCAAAGAGCUAAAGGUGGUAUGCAUAUGUGUUCCAGACAACUUUCCAUCAUGCAUCUGUCCAGUUGCAGGCCUGUUUUCACUUCAAGAAUGCUUGUGUGCUAUACAUUUGGAACCUAUGAAAGAUGAAUUUCCAGAGAUAUCUUGUAGUCCUAGUGUAAGCAUUUAUGCCUAAUGAAAGCUAAACCCCCUGAGAAAUAAUGUCUGUCUAUUCCACUUCAGUUUUUUGCUGUAAGAAAUGUUUCUACAGAAAGAAGGGUGGAUACAUAAAUAACACACCAGAAGUCCACUCUGAGUGGGGGGUGCGCUUGAUUCUCUAUUAUUGUCUUUGUAAAUUCUAUUCAUAUCAUGAAGCAACACAUGACAUUAACCUUCCUAAUUAAAUGCGUAUUAAACCUAUUUGGCAGCUAAA